AUGGGCAAAGAGAGUUCUAAAAAUAAAACUUUAACGACAAGUGAUCUAGCUUCCUUAGACACACUAAAUUACCUCUUAGAAGAGAAUGAACCAAGCAAGGCUGAACAUAGUGAUCCCCUUAUUAAAACUGAUUUUAAACCAAAAUCAAGCUUUAUGCCCUCUCUAGCCUCAGUACCUUCAGUAAAUCUCUUCCUAAAAUUGGUGGAAAAAGACAUUGAAAAGUUACCAGAAAAUAUGAUAAUCAAUGAUAAUCUAACCAGAAGUGAAAGAAAAGCUCUCAGGGAUCUCAUGUUGGCCCCCAACAUUGUGAUCAAGCCUGCCGAUAAGGGCGGCAAUCUCAACAUAAUGGAUGAGUCCAUGUAUGUUAGAGAAGUCAAGCGACAAUUGAGUGUUGGGGACCAAUAUCAGAAGCUUGGAGGGAAUCCCCUAAAAGAGGUACAAAAUAGUCUCUAUCGAUUACUCUAUGAUGCGAAACAGAAAGGAAUUGUAACACUGAAAGAAUUUUCCUUUCUUUAUCAACAGUAUCCGAUUAUACCUGUGUUUUAUGUGAUACCAAAACUUCACAAGAAUUUACAAUGCCCACCAGGGCGUCCAAUUGUAGCAGGAAUCGGCAGUAUUACAGAAAACAUAGGUAAUUACGUUGAUCACUUUUUGAGACCUUUUCUAAACACUCUGCCAUCUUAUAUUAAGGACACAGGGGAUCUUCUCAAAAAACUAGAUGGAAUAAAAGUCAGUACAGAAACUCUCUUAGUAUCCCUCGACGUGGAGGGCUUAUAUUCUUCCAUCCCCCAUAAAGAGGGUUUAAAAGCAGCUGAACACUAUCUAGACUCAAGGGGUCCAAAGUAUAGACAGCAUACGGCAUAUGAAGCGUUGAAAUUGCUGAGAAGAAAUGAAACUCUUGUUUCAGAAUUUAUUCUUCUUGGCCUCACUACUGAUAAACAAACAUUACUUUUUUGGAUCUUUUUGGUAUUGUAUAUUCUAACCUUAAUAGGGAAUAUUAUGAUAAUCGUGGCAAUAACUUUUGAACCACAACUGCAUUAUCCCAUGUAUUUCUUGCUCAGAAGUUUGUCUUUUACUGAGAUUUUCUAUAUUUCCACAACAGUUCCUCGGAUGCUCAGAGACUUCUUAAACAGAGAUAAAGGCAUUUCUAUAAUAGGAUGUGCUGCUCAGCUGUAUUUUUUCUGUUUUCUAGGAGCCACAGAGUGCUUCCUUCUUGUAGUCAUGGCAUAUGACCGCUAUGCCGCUAUAUGCCACCCACUUCACUAUGUGACUAUAAUGAACAAAACAAAAUGCCUCAAGUUUUUAUUAAUCUCCUCACUUUUGGGUCUUAUUCUUCCUCUUGGCAACAUUAUAUUAAUUUUUAGAUUACCAUUCUGUGGUGCUAACGUCAUUGACCAUUAUUUCUGUGAUAUACUCCCAGUGAUAAAUUUGGCUUGUGCGGAUACUUUUGUUAAUGAGCUGUAUAUUUUAAUAUACACCUUUAUAGUCAUACCAUUACCUUUCAUGCUUAUAAUAGUCUCAUAUAUUCAAAUCAUUGCAGCUGUUUUUAAAAUUAGAUCGACAGCAGGAAGACGUAAAGCAUUCUCCACCUGCAGCUCUCAUCUUAUAUCUGUCAGCUUAUUCUAUGGAACAGCCACUAUAACAUAUCUAAGAGCCAAGCCAAGGAACACAAAUGGAGAGGCCAAAGUGUUGUCAUUACUAUAUCUUGUUUUUGUCCCUAUGCUCAAUCCAAUAAUAUAUAGCUUAAGGAACACAGAAGUUAAGAGAGCCAUGAGCAAAAUAAUACGCAGAAAAUGUAUGUAUUGA